GCCAAAUCGGACAAUAUUUGCUUAACAAAACGGAUCGCCAAAGCGAGCCGUCACGAAAAGUCCGAAUUUUUUUGAAAUUUUCAUUUUUCCAAAUGGCACAACUAAGCAGAAAAAAGCUUAUUUGUUUUGGUCUUCACAGACUUGAAAAGGCAAUACCACCUUUUAUGUAUGGCGUAUGGGCUUCGCUCUCGGGCUGACGCACGCGCUCGCAGUGCUACCGCAUGGAUGAGGCAAGGACCCUUGCGUCAGCCUUGCGUCAACCAUGCUUGUUGACGCAAGAGUUGCUGACGAAUCCCCAUUUUCCUACUACUUUUGUAACUUUAUUGUCAAUGUAUUCAAAUUUUCAGUUAAAAUUAAAAUUUAAAAACGAAACACCAACACAAUCAGAGAAAAAUCAAUUCGGACAGCGAUCGACAGUACUUCUAUUGAGUAAGACAUUGCAUAUUAAGUCCAUACAUACACAUACCCAGCUGGUGAAUGCCACACACACACAAAGCCAAACUAAAGUGUGUCAUAUUACACUUGACCAAAUCAAGUAUCGAAAAUUAAGAAAGAAAAAACUCGUAGUUUCUUGUUUAUGCUUGUAGAUUCACAUUGUGCUUGUUCCGAGAAUUGUGACAUCAUAUUGUGAAAUUGUUUGAAACAUUCAUUUCAUUGCAUGUCCCUAAAAUUCUCAUUGGAUUUUUUUAACUCGAUUUGCACAAAAAGUAAAAAUGCAUGAAUUUGAAAUAAACGGUGUCAUUGUAAAGUUUCCAUUUGUGCCAUACGAUGUACAACGGCAGUAUAUGGAAAAAGUGAUUGAAGCAAUUGAAGAUGGAAAAAAUGCAGUUUUGGAGUCGCCCACAGGUACUGGGAAGACGCACAGCCUUUUAUGUUCACCUCUCGCAUGGAUUGAGAAACAAAAAAGUCGCCAUGUAAAUGAUGGAAUGUCUGACAAGAUUUUGUCGACUGACAGAAAAAUUCCACUCAUUAUUUUCGCAUCACGGACGCAUUCACAGAUAAAACAAGCCAUGAAGGCACUAAAAGAAUCACCAUACAAUGACGUGCGUGCAGCGGUGAUUGGAUCUAGAAAUAAAUUUUGCAUACAUGAAGAAUUAAAAGAUUCGUAUUUAACAUACGAUGAAAUUACGGACAAAUGCAAGUUCUUAGUGGAUGCACAUAAAUGCCAAUAUUAUGAGGGCAUCGGCGAGGGAAUACAGAAUUCGAAAAUUCGUGACAACCCAAUAUUGGACAUUGAAGAACUCACUGCGUUGGGACAAGAAUUAAAAUGCUGUCCAUAUUUUAUAACAAAAAUGAGGGCUGAGAGGGCAGAUUUGAUCUUCAUGCCGUACGACUAUUUAAUUAAUCCCAUGAUACGGAAAAGUUUAUCUAACUUCGAUUUGAAAAAUGCCAUUGUAAUCGUGGAUGAGGCAAGUAAUAUCUUGAGCGCAUGCGAAGAAGCAUUCUCAACAUCUUUAUCAAAUUUGGACAUGUAUAAGGCCAUGAACGAUUUUAAUUAUGUAACUUCGCAACUUCAAAGCUUAUAUGAAGAAGAGAGUGAACCGAAGCGUGAACGUUCUUUUUACCCCAGCAUGAACUCAGUGAACGUUUUGAAGGCUAAGUUUAAAAAUCUGUUUGAUACAAUAAGAAACCUUCCACCCGGCACAAGGGAUGGGAAAUACAUAUUCGAAUUACUGAGCAUUGCCGAGAUAGAUGAACAAAAUCAGGAAAGUGUCUGUAAAGAUUUGGAAGAACUAAUAUUAUUUGUGAUGGGACAACAAACAAAAACUGGAUCUAAUCGAAAGGCGGACGGAUUGCGGAAGAUGUGUCAGUUUAUCCAAUUGAUAUUCAUAUCUUCAUCCUCUGAAAAUUUCCGAGAACGUAUCAAUCUAUGUUAUAAAGUUGAAAUAGUAGAUGAAAGAAGUGGACAGCAAGUGGCUGCAACGGAACAAAAUGAACAGCAAGAGUCUACAACACCAACCAAAGAAGCACCUAAUUCGUCUACAAAAGGGUUGUCCAAGACGCCAAAUAGUCUCCAAAUCGAUAAAAAUAAAAAUAAAAAGACCAUAAAAUGUGUGUGUCUCAGUCCUGCUUUUGGAAUGAAAAAUUUAUGCGAUGAAAAACUACGAUGCCUAAUUUUGACGAGCGGAACUCUGGCUCCUUUGCAUACUUUUGUUAGUGAGUUGGGAAUUUUGGCCCCAAUACGGCACUCAUUCAACCACAUAAUCAAAGAAUCACAAGUAUUUGUCGAAGUUGUCAAAUACGGACCAGACAAUGAAAAACUUGAUUCACGAUACGAAAAUAGAGAAAAUAUACGAUACGUUCGUUCACUCGGCAAAUCAAUUAUAGAAUUUUCAAAAGUGAUUCCCGAUGGUUUACUGGUGUUUUUUUCAGCAUAUGAAAUGAUGAACAAGUGCAUAGAGGUAUGGAAAGAGGAUGAAAUUUGGACGAUGAUCGAAGAACAAAAAUCCAUUUUCAUUGAAUCAAAACAAAAGUGGGAAUUCGAAGAUGCCAUGAAUGGUUAUCGAGGACAAAUCGAACAAAAUAGUAAAGGUGCAAUUCUAAUGGCCGUUAUGAGAGGCAAAAUCAGCGAGGGUUUGGACUUCAAAGACAAGUAUGCACGUGGCGUAUGUAUCACUGGCAUUCCACUGGCUUCGAUUAAGGAUCUCAAAGUCAAAUGGAAAAAAGAAUAUCUUAACAAAAGUCGAUAUAUCAUCAAAAAUUUACCAAGUGGGGAAGAAUGGUACUACUCAGAGGCUUACCGAGCUGUUAAUCAAGCAAUUGGCCGUGUAAUUCGUAAUAAAAACGAUUAUGGAGCUAUUCUGUUAUGUGACGAUCGCUUCGAUCACAGAAAUGUGAAGCAAAAUAUUUCGUCAUGGUUGCAAAAAGGUUUGAGAAAUCAAAAAUUUAAUACAACAUUCGGAUCAACCACCACAAAUUUAGCAACAUUUUUCGAUGAUGCUGAAAAUACGUUGCCAAAACCGAAAGUGAAAGUAGAAUCGAAUGAACCAAUCGAAAAUCCACAGUCAGAAUCAGAAAAGAGCAUCAAUUUUAACAAUAUUUCUGCUGACAACUGUCCUCAAGUCACAAUUCACGCACUUAAACGCAACGGAGUUGAAAAUGUUGAUGCAAGCAGUCCAAUGAAAUCAUCGCCAAGCACUUCCUCUAACUGUGACCUGCCGAAGAAGACAAAGUUCGAUACGGUGCCGAACAAUCUUGUUUCACCCUCAUCGAGCCAAUCCGUUUUACAAACAUCAAAUUUCAUAGCAGAUACGACAGAAAAUCCGGAAAAUGACAGCACACAAAAUUCUAAAUGUGGUAUUUUCUAGUUCAUCGUCAAAGGUUCCAACAUCAAUCCAAUCAAAAGACAAACAAAAACAUUUAUUCUUCUAAUGAAGGGUAAAAAAAACUGAAUAGAUCUCUAAUAAGUUCAAAAUACAAUAUAUUUUCUUUGUGCCGCAUUGAUGUGAACGCGUUGCCGCAUCGGUAUACGCAACGAUCACACGAUUUAAUAAUAAAUGUAAAAUACGACACACUCAGUUCGUCGUACGUAUCCAAUCGA